AUGACAACUCAAGAGGAGGCAAUUGAAAGGAGACUCUCAUUAUAUUCCUUCAACAAGGUUUUCCCAAACUAUUUAUCACAUCUACAACAGAUCCAAUCGUUGGUUCAUCGAUUAUUGAACCAGAAGUUGACCGAGAACGACAAGCUAAGCGUAGAAGAGAUAAGAAAAUUGAGAGAAGUAUUAGAUGACAAAUACCUUGAAGCCAAGAAUUUUGUGGAAACAGAAAGAUCUAGUUACAAUGCAUUGGAUAUCAGUUUAGAACGUACUGUUGAUAAUAUCAAAAACGGCCUUGACGGACAAUUGUCAGUAGUACGAAACCUAAGAGAUGAGUUGAAUGAGAGAAAUGAUAGACUUAAUCAAAUGCAUUUGGAUAUCACGGCUUUUAAUGAGGAGUCUGUGAAUCUGAAUACCCAACCUACCAUCAUGAGGUAUACCAAGGAAGAAUGGAUUAAUAUUUUGAAUGAGCCUAAAGCGUUCGAUAAGCUACUGGAGCAUAGGGUAUUUAAAAAUGUUGGAGACGGUUUAUAUUCCGUUACGGAAGAACUAUUUGACGGGGAACUGGAGUUGAAACGUAUGAAUGAAAUAAUGAAGAAAGAUAUUGAGAGGCUAAAUAUCGACCUUGAUGAAUAUAAACAAAAAUGGCUAGACAGCUUCGAAGUUAUGUCGAAGAUUGGUUCAGUAUUAAAGGUCAAGCUCAAUGAGAGAAGACAUGGAUCAGAGGACAAUGAUGAAUAUUACGAAGAAGAAGAAGAAGCAGAUAUUGAACGCGUUAAGCACGAUGGAUCUUUCCACAGUGAGGAAGAGUCUUCAUUUAACACCGAUGAAGAGAAUGAGAUAUAUGAAAUAGUACAGGAUGAAAACAACGAAGAAGAAGUAUCUGAAGUGGAAGAAGCAGAAGUUAAGAGUGAGAAUGCUAGCGUAGAGCCUACCGUACCUGAUGACGAUGAACAAAUGGUGGAACCUGCAGAUGUUGCAGACGCAGAAGCCAAAGCCGAAGCAGACCCGGUAUCAGAGGAAGACCAGGAUAUGGAAAAUAUUCCUGAGAUAAACGGUGAUGACAGCUGA